GCACUGAAGCCAGGGAUCAGCAGCAGCAGAGAGCAGCGGGAUGGGCUCCGCCUCCACUCAGACCUUCACAGCAGGGUGCACGCAGAGCGGGGAGGAGGACGCGGCUCUGUCCUGGGGCAGCGGCGUCUGCAAGUGGUUCAACGUGCGGAUGGGCUUCGGCUUCCUGUCCAUGAGCGGCCCUGUGGAUAAGCCGCUCGACGUGUUCUUCCAUCAGAGCAAACUGCACAUGGAGGGCUUCCGCAGCCUCAGAGAAGGUGAGGCCGUGGAGUUCACUUAUAGGAAAUCGUCGAAAGGGCUGGAGUCUGUCAGGGUUACUGGGCCUAAUGGAGCACCAUGUCUGGGCAGUGAGAGAAGACCAAAGAGUUCCCAGAUACGACGCUCCAAGGGAGACAGAUGCUACAACUGUGGAGAACCUGGCCACCAUGCCAAGGAAUGCCAGCUGCCCCCUCAACCCAAAAAGUGCCAUUUUUGUCAGAGUGUGUCCCACAUGGUAGCCAAGUGUCCGGCCAAAGCACAGCAGCAGCAGCAUUCGUCUCCAGGCUUUCAGGGAAUAGCUACCUCACCGAGGGAUGAGGAAGAGGAGCGCAGCCAGGCCACGGCCUCUGGAAGUUCAGAGUGAAUGAUUCAGGGAAUAUGUGAGAUUCUUCAC